CGCACAUCCGCUGUGACCUUGUUGUAGUAACAUUGAUUCCCCUUAUGCUGUCCACCACUAGCUUGUACCCUCAAUAUCUUUAACUGGAUCUCCGAACCAACGGGAAGAUAAACAUUUGCUAUUUAUGAAUUUGCAUAGAGCAUAGCAUCCCCCUUUACUAAAAUAGUAAGUCCAGUGCGAUCUAGUAUUAAUCCUAGUAUCACAUUGCCAGAAUAUUUCAAAUGAAUCAGCCCAUCUUGUAUUGCUAUCCCAAUUGGUGGCUCUCAUACCAACACAUCGCACGUCACAUUGAAACUUUCAAUUUUGCGUCUAACUUGGCAAUCAGUUCCCAUUACAUGCCAAAGGCAAACGCUCUCAUCGGUGCAGUCAUCAUUCUCAAACAACGAGAUGAUACACUGAGGCUCCACUGCUAUCUUCAAAUAACCAACGGCGCCCCCAUUCAGGAUAUUGUGGCGCUGACAGGAAACAGAUUCAUUCCCCGAAAAUAUCGUUGCUUGUCCGGAACACUGUUCAUUCUGGUACAAUGCAAACUUCCAGUGAAUAUCCUGCUCGGCGCUAGACUGGUGAUGCUGAGCGAAAGCAUUGGCAGUCUGCACGGCGAGGAUGCUGGCAAGGGUGAUACUGGUGUAAACCUUCAUCCUGGCCAUGGUACGGGAUUGUAUCCAAUGCAACUGCUGGGUCGGAUCUCGUUUAUCCACCUGUGGGCAUAGUUCCUCGGGAGGAGUAAGCUCAAUAUAUAGGGCCAACAAGCAUAAAUAUCAGCAUUAGUGCUUUCUCUUUUACGUUGGGCUCAUGAUCUAGUCUCUAGUCGUGGUGCGCCCCUAAAGAUGCGCCGUGGUC